ACUCUAGCGGAAGUGACGCACAGGAAACUGUCAGGCAUCGCAAUCCCACCCCGCCCCCGCUCGUGCCCCGCCUCCGCGGCGCGAGAGCCGAGCCAAGAUGGCGACCGAACUGGAGUACGAGUCGGUGCUGUGUGUGAAACCCGACGUCAGCGUCUACCGGAUCCCACCGCGGGCCUCCAACCGCGGCUACAGGGCAUCUGACUGGAAAUUAGACCAGCCUGAUUGGACUGGUCGCCUCCGAAUCACUUCAAAAGGGAAGAUUGCCUAUAUCAAACUUGAAGAUAAAGUUUCAGGGGAGCUGUUUGCUCAGGCACCCGUAGAGCAGUAUCCUGGCAUUGCUGUGGAGACGGUGACAGAUUCCAGCCGCUACUUUGUAAUCCGGAUUCAGGAUGGUACUGGGCGCAGUGCAUUCAUUGGCAUUGGCUUCACAGAUCGGGGAGAUGCUUUCGACUUUAAUGUUUCGUUGCAAGAUCAUUUCAAGUGGGUAAAGCAGGAAUCUGAGAUAUCCAAGGAAUCUCAGGAAAUGGAUAAUCGUCCCAAGUUGGAUCUAGGCUUCAAGGAAGGACAGACUAUCAAGUUGAGUAUUGGGAACAUUACAACCAAGAAAGGAGGUGCUCCUAAGCCCAGGACCUCGGGGGCUGGGGGUCUAAGCUUACUCCCACCUCCACCUGGAGGCAAGGUCACGAUUCCCCCACCCUCCUCGGUUGCCAUCAGCAAUCAUGUCACCCCACCGCCCAUUCCAAAAUCUAACCAUGGAGGUAGUGAUGCAGAUGUCCUUUUAGAUUUGGACUCUCCUGCUCCUGUCACGACACCAGCACCAGCUCCAGUUUCUACAAGCAGUGACUUGUGGGGAGACUUCAGCACUGCAUCCAGAGGACCUGGGUUCCCAGCGCCCCCAUGGUGGCUAACAACCAUCCGUAACUCCAGUUCCAGGGGAAGCUGACACCCUCUUCUGACCUCCGCCGGCAUUGCACGACACAGCUCUGUUCCAAACCAGGCACCACAACCAUCCAACUGGGUCCAGUUUUGAAUAGCAUUGGCCAGACACUAAGGACAGACUUGAAGAAUGAAAAUGACCUGGAGGACACCAUUCUAUGAGGGCAGCUGGGAAGGCCUUCAUUCCCCAGAACCAGAACUAGUGGACAAUCUUUUUCAUAGCUUCUUCAUUGCAUUCAAGCUGAUUUCUUGGUCACUUCUGUGUUGUUACUUGCUGCACAGGCAGGAGAGUAUCUGUUAUUUCCUACUUAUAACCAAGGCAGGGAAAUAGUGGAUCUUACCACACUGUGGCUGAGUAUGCAGAGUUCAGAAGGCCAGCCUUUUGAGUGGGAAGGAUUGCUAACAUCUGUAAAGAAUUUUCCCAUCUUUUAAAUUCUUGAACUUAUUUUGGAAUCAUCCCAUGACUCUUGUGUGCCUCUUUGUGAAGCCCUGUUUAGCAAUUUCAGUCGAGACAAAAACCUUGAAACUUUCUUUUCCACUAACCGAAGACUGUAAAAGUGGAUAGGCUGGCCUGAGUAUUUAUAAAUUCAGAAUAGCGAUAGGGGUAGGUCUGGAGAAAGAUCUGUGUCCUGGGUCUCUUCUGCAAGGCCUUUUUCAGACUGACCCUGCUCAGUGACCGUCCAGUGCUGGGUGCAGCUCCACUGCCCUCCUUGUGUUUACAUGUCUCUUUCUAUGAUGAGAGGGCUGUGUUGGUGACACCUCCACUGUUCUUUACUGGGUGGUGAAUUAUGUAGCAUCUUUGACCAGUGGAUAUUUCUGAUAUGACGGAGGUUAAGGGGCUGUGCUUUUUAAGUUUUAUUCCACAAAAGUGUUUAAUUUCUUGGAACUCUAUGUAGUUGGCUGCAUUUGAAGGAUAGCAUUAAUUUAUAUUCAUCCCUUAUUUAACCUGAAGUUAAACAGUUAAGGUUUUUAACCUGAUCUGUAGAACAGAGGCUGAAAGCACUUAACUCUCAUUCAGUGCCCACAUUGCCUUGCUGCCUGGUUAUCUCUCCCCUUUCCGUAGACAUUUCUUUUUCAAUCCAUUGAGCUCUUCAAAAGAAAGCUGCUAUUAUAAUGUUGUGUUUGAAGGAGGUUGGAGAGUCACAGUUUUACCUGUGACAGGUUUUGCCCAGGUUUUGGUACCUACCAGCUAGAACAUCUUAAAAGCAAGUUGUCCCACUACUUUCCUUUCCCUCUGCCCCACCAUUCCUUUACAAUGCUGUGAAUAGACUCCCUGUCCUCACAUCAGUGGGUACCAUCAGUUCUGUUUGUUAAUGGGUAAUUUGAGGGCAGAGUGGGUGGGUGCACAGUCUUCCCUGAGCACCCGUUUGGAUAUGUACAUUCUGACUGAAGAGGUUCCUUAUAUUUAGUUUCAAAUGCAUUGUUUCUCCUGGACUUUCUUAACUUUUCUGACCUUGGGUCCAUUUUGUUUUCAUUGCCUCCCGUUCCAGGCAGCUCUGCUUGUAGAGCCAUAGCAGAACAUUUUAAAAUUCCAGAAAAAAAACACUAAGGAAAGUCUGUGGAAUCACUAGUGACUGUCGGGAGACCUAGUUUCUCAGUCUUCAUGUUGUGUUCUUUGUAUUCUUUGAGAUGAUAAUAUAUUAUGUAUUUGAUUGCUGAAAAAUUGAUAAAUGAAGUUUAAGAUAUAUGUAUAUAAAGCGUAUGCCGUAUUGGUGCAAUAAUGGUAAUUAAAAAUAUGGAAAAAGG